GUUGCUAUGGCAACCGCAGGCAAACCGGCCUCAGGGCCUCCAGCUGCCGGUCCGCCUGGCGUCCAGCUCGGAGGACGGACCUGGGGAUGACCACGGACCCUUUAGGAGUCUCUGGGGGGCCUAAGCAGCUGGGACCUCCAUUUCCCCUGGUCUGGAGUUUGGGGUGGUCCCUUGCUGCUUGGGUCCAUCUACACCUCCUCAUUUCCAUCUCAUGUUCGCUACAGGAAACAUUUUUGAAAGUUUAAUGUGAACUCACCAAGGGAACAUUGCGAAUUCAUCUGUGGAAGAAACGGGGUGCUGUGGGCACUGUGUGAGAACCAUCGGAAAUAUUCUCUCCGCCAAGAUUAAUGAUUCCAUAACAGCAGGAAUCCAGGAGUCAAGGGUGCAUCAUGUCUCAGCAAAAUUGUAAAUGCUGAGACCUUCAGGACAGCCCUUAAAGCUAUGGGUAGAACUAUGAAAACAAAACUCUCCCAUGCGUGAAGUGCGGUACCUCAUUAACCCAAGGACCUCACCAACAGGAAGCUGUAUUCUUUACCAGCAACUCACCACAUCCUUUUUGAUCUGGUUUUCUUUUUCAAAAAGUGGACACAUUUCUUUUGAGCUAUUUUUGUUGCAAAGUUAAGCAAAUGGCUGAUCACCACUUGGAUGAGGUUCCUACAGCAUGCCCACACUGUGCGUCUUCUCAGGCUGGUCUACUUUGUGUGUGUCCAGCAGGAAAUUCUCCAGUGAUGGUGGUGGAAAUGUCACAGACAUCGAGUAUUGGUAGUAUAGACAUUUUUACUUCACAAGAGAGAAAAAAAGAAAGAAAUGCCAGCAGAGAAUCUUCUCUAAAAGAUUUGUCCACAAGAACUUCAAAUGUGGAGAGAAAAUCUUCUCAGUCACAGCGGAAUCGGAGCAAUGUCACAGGAGGAAAAGUCCCUCACAUACGAAUGGACAAUGGAGCGAGCAUUGAGGAAUUCUAUACCUUUGGAAGAAUAUUGGGACAGGGGAGCUUUGGAAUGGUCAUUGAAGCUACAGACAAGGAAACAGGAGCUAAGUGGGCAAUUAAAAAAGUGAAUAAAGAAAAGGCUGGAAGUUCUGCAGUGAAGUUACUUGAGCGGGAGGUGAACAUCCUAAAGACUGUCAAACAUCAACACAUCAUCCACCUGGAACAAGUGUUUGAGUCGCCUCAGAAAAUGUACCUUGUGAUGGAGCUUUGUGAGGAUGGAGAACUCAAAGAAGUUCUGGAUCAAAGAGGACACUUCUCAGAGAGUGAGACAAGGCUGAUAAUUCAAAGUCUCGCAUCAGCCAUCGCAUAUCUUCAUAGCAAGGAUAUAGUGCACAGAGAUCUAAAGCUGGAAAACAUAAUGGUUAAAAGCAGCUUUAUAGAUGACAACAAUGAAAUGAACUUAAACAUAAAGGUGUCUGAUUUUGGCUUGGCCGUGCAGAAGCAUGGCUCUAGGAGUGAAAGCAUGAUGCAGACUACAUGUGGCACUCCUAUCUAUAUGGCACCAGAGGUCAUCAAUGCCCAUGACUACAGCCAGCAGUGUGACAUUUGGAGCAUAGGUGUCAUAAUGUACAUUUUACUGUGUGGAGAGCCACCCUUUUUGGCAAAUUCAGAAGAAAAGCUCUUUGAAUUAAUAAGGAAGGGAGAACUACAAUUUCAAGAUCCAGUCUGGGAUUCUGUAAGUGAUUCUGCAAAAAGUGCUUUGAAACAGCUCAUGAAAGUAGACCCCGCUCACAGAAUCACAGCUAAGGAACUGCUAGAUAACCAGUGGUUGACAGGCAAUACUCUUUCUUCAGCGAGACCAACUAAUGUAUUAGAAAUGAUGAAAGAAUGGAAAAAUAACCCAGAAAGUGAUGAUGACACCAAGGCAGACAAGGAGACUGAGCAGCACACUGAGGAAAAGUUGAAGCAUAACAAAAUAGAGGAAAAGGCCCCGAAUGUCAACCACAGUCCAUCUGCAAAGUCAGUAAAUCAGCCCACUGAUGAAGCCAAGAAGCCUGACGCAGAUAGCGUUGACAUGAGCCCUUCAGACUCAACAUCCUACAAACUCAUUUCUGCUGAAAUCAAAGCAGAGCCAGAGAAAAGCUCCGGGUCUGUAAGCCAUGUAGCAGUGGCUAAAACCACUCUGAAAUCCUCUGCCUUGUUUCGAGGCAAGAAAAGGCUCUAAGGUUCUGCCCAGUGCUGAGCAGCUCAAGAACGGACCACUCUUCCAGCACUGAAGGGAGGGGCAGGAGGGAACAGCACGCACCGAGCUUUUAGCCAUUGGCUCUGAGGAGCCCUGCCUGUGUUUACACCAGUUUAAAAUUGAAGCUAGUUACCUCCAAGCAGCACAGCCUGAGCAGGUCAUUGGAGGAGGCAGCAGCAUGCUUGGGAGAGGCUGCCACUCUCACCAACUCAAGGUGUUCCACGACUGUUUAAGGGACAAGUGCUGUCAGUGCAGGCUGGGGCCAGGCUUGCUCAGUUCUACUCAAAUUCUUAUAUUUAGGCACAAUUAUUUAUAAGGGAAAACAAGAGGCCAAAUACAGUGACGGAGGUUCCAAAUAAUUAUGUGCCCUUUGCACUAGGAGACUGUUAGAGGAUUACUAAUAAAAUGACCACAGGCAUUGUGGCAGAAGUGAUGCAGUC